CAGCACUGAGCAUCCCCCUGGGGCAGUGGGACCUGCUGCGAGAUGGGGUUGAGGACAUCCAGGAAACACACAAAGUUUACAGGCAGAAACUGGAAGAAGUCACCAGCUUGCAGACAGCCUGCAGCAGCUCCAUACAGCGACAGAAGAAGACCCUAAGGGAUCUGAAGCACAGCCUGCAACGGUGCAAGCCCAGAGCGAGUCCCGAGGAGUUCACGCUCCUCCAGGAGAUCAGCAGCCAGAUCAAGGAGAGGCAGAAUGCCUUCUUUGACAUGGAAGCCUACCUGCCCAAGAAGAAUGGCUUGUACUUAAACCUGGUGCUGGGAAAUGUGAAUGUAACUCUCCUGAGUAACCAAGCAAAGUUUGCCUACAAGGAUGAGUAUGAGAAGUUCAAACUUUAUCUGACCAUAAUCUUGUUACUUGGGGCUGUUGCCUGUAGGUUUUUUCUGCAUUACAGGGUGACAGAUGAAGUGUUUAACUUUCUGCUAGUGUGGUAUUACUGCACGCUGACGAUACGGGAGAGCAUUCUCAUCAGCAAUGGGUCGAGGAUCAAAGGCUGGUGGGUGUCUCAUCACUAUGUUUCCACAUUCCUGUCUGGAGUGAUGUUAACAUGGCCAGAUGGACUCAUGUAUCAGAUGUUUCGCAGUCAAUUUUUAGCAUUUUCAAUAUUUCAGAGCUGUGUUCAGUUCCUACAGUAUUAUUACCAGAGGGGCUGCCUCUAUCGGCUCCGAGCUCUGGGGGAGAGAAACCACUUGGACCUUACAGUAGAAGGAUUUCAGUCCUGGAUGUGGCGAGGGCUGACAUUUCUCCUUCCCUUCUUGUUCUUUGGGCAUUUCUGGCAGUUGUAUAAUGCAGUCACACUUUUUGGAUUGUCAAGGCACAAGGAGUGCAAAGAGUGGCAGGUUUUUGUGUUGGCUUUUACAUUUCUGCUGCUCUUCCUUGGGAACUUCCUCACUACUCUCAAGGUGGUCCACACUAAAUUCCAGAAGAACAAAGACAAAGUGAAGAAGCUGUGAACUCCCAUCCCCUGGGUGCAUCCCUCUGCCUGCAGCAGGGCUGG